AUUAUAUUUAAUUAAUUAUAAAAUUAUAUAAUGUAUAAUAAUAUAAAUUAUAAAAUGCACUAUACUUAAAGGACCUUUAGGUGAACAGCAACAAACCCGAAAGGUGAAUAAAAUCGGUUUAAAGAAGAACCAGCACCUGUACAACAACCCCACAUAUACAUUUUCUCAUAUACAGUACUGCAAAAGUUUUAGGCCACCAUGCCACUAUUAGAUUUGUUGUUUUUGCAAUCAUAAUUGUUUCAUUAACAGAAUACAUCCAGAAAAUACAGGAAAUGUAUUAAAAACUGUUUAAAAAUGUAAACUGAUGUGUCAAGUUUUUAGAGUAAACUCCCCUUCCACUUGAGCAAUAACAGGAAACUGCAGGAACUCUUGAACCUAAAUAAAAUUAAAUCCUAAUUUCUAAUUUUAAAGAAAUAAUUUUUACUUCAUUCUGCUCAAAAACGCUCAAGAUGUGUUUAGUACCAAGAGAGGUCACAUUAAACACAGACGAUGCGAUGCCUAAAGAAGACAUUUAGUCCUGAAUUUUUUUUUUGUACAUAUUUUCUGUUUUUAUCUUAAUAAAAUAGAUUGAAAAAUAAAUAUGGAUGGACAUUAAAACUUCUAAAACAAGGCUGGUGGUGGUGGCCUAUGACUUUUGCACAGUAUGUAUAUUCUGAAUUUUAACCUUAACUAAAACUAAUGUGCACGUUUUUUUUUUAUCCAUAUACAAAUGGCUUUUUGAAACUGAAAAAUAUUUAUUAUCUACGAAACAUAAUAAUAUUUGAGAUUUAAUUUUGCUUUCACUAAAGUGCUUUUCCACAAGAACAUUUGUUUUGUGUUUGAUGAGUAAAUUAACUAAAAGGUGCUUUUUGUCAUUUCUGUUUAAAAUUAUGGGAUAUUUGAUUUUUUUUUUCAUAUUUUGCACAUGGGGCGUAGUUUCCAGGGGUAAAGUCCAAAUUUGUAAUUAGCAUUUACAACCCCCAAAUAUUUAUACAAUGAUUAAUAAAAGCAUACAGUUAACACUUCAACCCCCAAACCAAAUCUACAUCCUUGCAAAGCAUCACACUUCCUAAAGCUGACCUGUCUGUAGCCCCGCCCAUCUUCUGCACAUGUCUAACUUCAAUGCCAGAACACAUAAACCUUCUCACAUAAGAUCUCAGACAUCUGUCCUGCUCACAGACUCAACAGGUAUGACAAACUACAUUAUCUGCUUACAAUCUAACAAAUAAACCAAUGCAAGUUAUCCUUAAAUGUAACAAAUGUUGAUAGGAUAGUGAGACUGUCAUUACUGUAGGUGCUAUAUCAAAUAUCAUUCUCAUAUUGCUGCUGAUUUUAUGUUAUUGCAAUUGUUGAAAGUAUUAAAAUAUAAUGCAUGUUUGGUGUAUUACAGAAAGAGUUGUCCUUUAAUGAUAUUAACCGAUUUAAGUUUGAUUGCUCUAACUAAAAAAGUUAAUUUUAUUCCAAAAGUAAAAAUAAUUAUUUUAAUUAUUGUUUUUAUGUGUCUAUAUACACCUGUAAACCCCACAUAUCUCUAAAAGUUAUGGAUACAUCCGCUGAGACUCGGUGGGCAUCAUCCUCGAUGAUGUCAUCAGAUAUGAUCUCCACCUACCCAUCUGAAACCAGUUAUCUGAUCCACACUGAGGAUGGCUCAACGUUCCCCAGUACUGAGAGCGAUCACAGCGGUCUGUCUGUGUUCACAAACAACAUCCACAACCGUGGCCCUGCGGCUUUUCAACACAGCCCAGUAUAUCCAAUUUAUUCCUCUCCAUUCCUCGGUAACCUCUCCUGGCUGGAAGGUUCAAACAGUCCCUCUCUAACAAACCUCUUCCCAUCACCAUCAUCAUCCUGGCACAACAAUGGCUUUUCCAAGACGGCCUCUUCAUCUUUCCACAUCUCCAAGCUUUCCUCUGUCAAACCAGCUCGUUCUCCACCAUCUCCUGGCCUGGACCACAAGGAGACCUUGGAUCUGAAGACAGAAAGGUCGAGGACUCAUGGAGACGGGGAGGGGUUUGGAGGGACGUACGCUCUUAACGCUUACAGCGGUCCACACGCACAGUUCAUGGGUCACUGCAGUCCAUAUGGGAGAUUGGCCCAGGAUUACAACAGUUCACUCCUCUACACACCCACCCGCUUCUCUCCGAAAUUAUGCAGCAAGAUGAGAUUCUCUCCUACAGAUGCACGAGAGUGUGUGAACUGUGGAGCUACGGCCACCCCUCUUUGGCGACGUGAUGGAACGGGCCACUACCUCUGCAAUGCCUGUGGACUGUACCACAAGAUGAAUGGACAAAACCGACCACUUAUCCGACCCAAAAAGAGACUGGUUGUCAGUAAGCGAACAGGCACUCAGUGUGUGAACUGUCAGACCAGCACCACCACGCUCUGGAGACGCAAUGCCAACGGAGAGCCCGUGUGUAACGCAUGUGGACUCUAUUUUAAAUUGCACAACGUGAACAGACCGCUGACCAUGAAGAAAGAAGGCAUUCAGACACGCAACCGUAAAGUUUCCAGCAAGAACAAGAAAGACAAGAAACUGAGCGCUGCGGAGGAGAAUCUGUUUUCUGAUUUUCCUAAAGGUCUCGUCUCUGAUUGCGAUUCGUGUUCGUUGGGGGUUUACGGUCACUCCUCACAUUCACUGACCCAAAAUGCUGCCUACCACAGUCAUGGCACCCUGCCCUACCCGUGCCAUCCAUCCACUGCCAUCUUACCCAACAUGCUGUGAUACAUUAUACACAAAACUUUAUGAAAAGAAGAAAGACUUUGACAGAACUGUUAUGCGGAAACUUUCAGCUGCCCAGCUAUAUAAAAAAUAUAUAUAUGAAGAGUUCAGAUGCAAAACCUG